AUGCUUGUGACCAAGAAAAAGCACAGAAAGGCCAAAAGCCGGGUCCAAGGGGGUCUCUGCAUCUCACUGGCAACCAAGCCCGAAGCCCCGCCUGGCUUUCUGGCCAGAGUGGACAAAGCAAAAAAGGAGGUGAGGGAGCAGCAGCCAAGCUGGACAGAUGACCUGCCGCUCUGCCACCUCUCGGGGGUGGGCUCAGCCUCCAACCGAAGCUACUCUGCUGACGGCAAGGGCACCGAGAGCCACCCGCCGGAGGACAGCUGGCUCAAGUUCAGGAGUGAGAACAACUGCUUCCUGUAUGGGGUCUUCAACGGCUACGAUGGCAACCGGGUGACCAACUUCGUGGCCCAGCGGCUGUCCGCGGAGCUCCUGCUGGGCCAGCUCAACGCCGAGCACACGGAGGCCGACGUGCGCCGUGUGCUGCUGCAGGCCUUUGACGUGGUGGAGAGGAGCUUCCUGGAGUCCAUCGACGAUGCUCUGGCUGAGAAGGCGAGCCUGCAGUCCCAGCUGCCAGAGGGUGUCCCCCAGCACCAGCUGCCUCCUCAGUAUCAGAAGAUCCUUGAAAGACUCAAGGUGUUGGAGAGGGAGGUUUCAGGAGGAGCCAUGGCUGUCGUGGCUGUCCUUCUUAACAGCAAGCUCUACGUCGCCAAUGUCGGUACGAACCGUGCACUUCUAUGCAAAUCCACGGUGGACGGGCUGCAGGUGACGCAGCUGAACGUGGACCACACCACGGAGAAUGAGGACGAGCUCUUCCGCCUCUCACAGCUGGGUUUGGACGCAGGAAAGAUCAAGCAAGUGGGGAUCAUCUGUGGGCAGGAGAGCACCAGGCGCAUUGGAGAUUAUAAGGUCAAAUACGGCUACACUGACAUCGACCUGCUCAGCGCUGCCAAGUCCAAGCCGAUCAUCGCGGAGCCUGAAAUCCACGGCGCACAGCCCCUGGACGGGGUGACCGGCUUCCUGGUGCUGAUGUCCGAGGGGCUGUACAAGGCCCUGGAGGCAGCCCAUGGGCCUGGGCAGGCCAAUCAGGAAAUCGCUGCUAUGAUUGACACUGAGUUCGCCAAGCAGACUUCCCUGGACGCGGUGGCCCAGGCCGUGGUGGACCGGGUGAAGCGGAUCCACGGUGACACCUUCGCUAGUGGCGGCGAGCGUGCCAAGUUCUGCCCAAGGCACGAGGACAUGACCCUGCUGGUGAGGAACUUUGGCUACCCGCUGGGCGAGAUGAGCCAGCCCACAGCGUCCCCAGCCCCAGUCACAGGAGGACGUGUCUACCCCGUGUCCGUGCCUUACUCCAGCGCCCAGAGCACCAGCAAGACCAGCGUGACCCUUUCCCUCGUCAUGCCCUCGCAGGGCCAGCUGGUCAAUGGGGCCCACAGCGCUUCCACCCUGGACGAAGCCACUCCCACCCUCACCAACCAGAGCCCAACGCUGACCCUGCAGUCCACCAACACACACACCCAGAGCAGCAGCUCCAGCUCGGACGGGGGGCUCUUCCGCUCCCGGCCCGCCCACUCGCUCCCGCCUGGCGAGGAUGGCCGCGUGGAGCCCUACGUGGACUUCGCUGAGUUUUACCGCCUCUGGAGCGUGGACCAUGGCGAACAGAGUGUGAUGACGGCACCGUAGCCCCGGCUGCGGAGUGCAGCCGGGCAGGACCUUCGUGAGGACCAGGGGCGAUCGUGGGGGCAGGAUGGGCUUUUCCCCACCAGCUGCCUGUGCCGUGGGGGCCAGUGGGCGCCCAGUCCUCAGCCUGACCAUCCUCCCCCAGCUGGGUGCUAUGGACAAUACCCUCUCAGAGCGCCGGUGCAGGCGGACCCCUUGGAUACGCCAUGUCACUGCAGCAGGGCUGGAGGCCACCCGCCCAGGCAGCCUCAGCCAGGACCGUCGCCAUUUCUCAGAACAAGAGGUGCUAGUACGGGAGCCUGCUGGCUGUGAGCACCCCGUGGGGCAGGACGGGCAGAGGUUCUCCUGUGACCCCGCCCGUCACAGGCCCAGCAGCCACUGCUUUCUCAAGGCCACCGUUCCCGCCGCCACCUCCCCUGGAAGAGCCUGUGGCCGGUGAUAGUGUCCCCUCACCAGGGGCUGGUGGUUCACCCCUCUCUUCUCCGGCCUCCAGAGUGAAUCCCGGUUGACGUCUGCAUCUUCAGAGCUUGCACCGUCCCUGGGCCCCUUCCCUGGGCCGGCCUGGCUGUUUUCAAUGGUGAACAUUUAGGAAGACCCGGGAGGUGGGGGCCGGGGAUGGCUGCAGCGGGAAAGGAACCAGAGGUAACUAUCCCGGAGGAGCACUGGCCCUGGAGUCCUCCAAAGGGUAGAUGGGGCUGGUGGGCGUCCCCAGAGAUGGGGUGCAGGGGAGCAGAAGUGCCCGGCCCGAGUGAGGACGUGGCCUCUUGUCGGGCCCCUCCAGGAGGGGAGGCCGCGGAGCAGGGUGAGCGACUCCGCUUUGCUCUUUCCUUCCUGGAGCUGGGAAGGCCCUGGCUGAGGAGCCAUGAAGACCAGCGAUCUUGGCCACUGACGACGGUCCCUGCUGCUCCGCAGGAAUGGACAGACGCGUGUGGAAGAGGGAGCGUGGGAAGUGGCUCUGAAGGGGCAGAGGUUCUGCGAGCCCUGCUGCUCUGUGUGGAGGGUCCAGGUGUGUGCUGCUUUUUCAGGGGUGGGCGGGCUCAGGCCAUCAGGCCCAAGAUGGACCACCUCAGUGCUCGCUGCCUCGGGGAGGGACUGCACUCCUGUUUUCACAGGAGAAGCCAGCCCAGAGACCCACACAUGCCCUCACAUGGUCUGCGGUGGAACAGAAAUCAGACCUGCCAGCCCCCAGGCCCUCGAUUCCGCCCCUCCCCAGCUCAGCAGGGCCUGGCCUGUGUGUGGCCUCCAUGUACUUGGACUCAGAGAAGCCAGAGGCCGGGUCAGGCCCUGCUCGGUCUGUGGUCCCGGGAGGGGGUUCCCGAGGGAAGCAGAGGAAGUGCCUCUCGCAGAGCGCCCACCCUCCACCACGAAGCCACCUGUUAGGUGAAGAGGUUUAAAGUUAGUCACAAAGCUGGGAACAAAGGGAAUUCUCUUCCAGGAACAUUCCCGUGUUGCUGCUUGGUCUCUGGAAGUAGAACCCCUUUGUGCCACGGUGAGGAAGCAAUAAAUGGUGGGUUGUGUGACAUGGUGUUAAGGUGCUCUCACUCUUGUCUCCUGGAACUCAGGUGGCCAGGGAGGUGGGUGCCUCCUGUCCUCUGGCUCCCGGGCUGGGGUGGCAGAGCUGGGCUGUGAACCUGGCCUCUGCCUGGCCCAGGGCUGCCGCCUGCAUGGCGGGGAGAGGUGGCGGCUCUCCCUCCGGCAGUGGCUGCUGUGGGGCACGGUUCCUGCCGGUGGUGGGGUGGCUGGGGUGGCCAUCAGGCGUGUGAGUGGAUGCUCAGGAGUUCUUUGCUUUAUUUUGGUUUUGUUUGGGUGGAGGAUAUUCUAUAAAUACCAGUCCAUAAAGUGCCUCUUCCUGUUUUGGGAGACUUAAGAGCUCAGCUACGCACAACAGCGUCUGCAGCUAAAACUGAAACACUGCGUGGCUGAGGGACAAAGCCAAGCUUGGCGUUUGGGUGAUGGGCGCCCAGACACUUCCCCCGCCUCUGCUGGGAAGCAGUUGUAGGCGGGGGUGCUGGCAGAACUGCCUUUCAGGACCUGCCCCCUCGGCCUUAGUCGUCCCCAGUGGGUCCUGACCACCUGGAGUCACAGGUCAGCUAGCACCCUGAGAGGGAGGUGGUGGGUGGGCCGUGUCCCAGACGAGGGACUGGGGCGCAGACAUAUGGGCAUAGUCCCAGCACAAAUGGCCCUGUCUAGUCCUAUGGGCCAAAGGGCCUCUCCCACCUGCUUUGCCCCAGGCAUGUGGGGGUGGAGCACUGCCCUGCUGGCUCUGUGUCCCCUGUCCCCUAAGCCUGCCUCCUGAGUGAGGGCGAGAGGGGCACUGUUUCAGCCUCUGGGCUCCCUUUGGUGGAGCAAGAGAGGGAGCUUAGUCUGUUUUAAGAUUUAAGCAGUGGCAAAGGUCAGGACAAGAAGAACCAAGGCAGCCAGACGAAGCGACCCUCCCGUGGGCGAGUCCCACCCCCGACACUGACACCGAGUCAGGAGCCAGCGGGGCCUCUCCAGCCUGUGACCCCGCCCACGGCCAGGUCAGGGGCACCAGGGAGGCCCCCACCACUGCUGCCUGUGCCCACUUGUCCCUU